AAGCUUCACUCUGAUUCGCAGAGAGAAACGCGAAGAACAGAAACAGCUCUCUGAUGAGAUGAUUUUUCCACAAAGCUUUUAAACUUUGAUUAUUUUUUCAUAGAAUCAUGAACAGAUCAAGAUCGAAGAUUUCAUCUGUUCUAAUUCACCGUGUUUGAUUCUUUCCCCCUUUUUUUGCGAAAUUGGGUCGGAAUCUGGGAGAUUUGAAGAUCUGAAAGCUACCAACUUUCCUUGUCUUAAUGACAGAUUUGAUUAGGUUACUGUCUGAAUCUACAACCUGAAUCCAUUUCUCAUCUGGGUUUUGUGAAUUAGAUUGGUUUAGAUUCGAAAGUCCAAGACUUUAUCCCGUUUAAAAUUCAAAGAUUGUAGCUUUCGAAGACCAUGUCGGAGAAUCGUUCACCAGAUUCGUGUUUGAGUUCACAGGUUUUCUCUAAACUCACCAAUGGCAAAAGAGCUUUGGAGGUUUUUGGUGAUGAGAUUAGACCAACAAAGUCACUUAAACUAAUGGGUUUUUGUAUUACUUACGAUAGUGAUUCCUCUGACUAUUCAUUGAGCGAGGAAGAAUCAGAUUCUAGCAACAACAACAACGGUGUUGAUUCAUCUGAUUCACAUUCUCUAUUCAACGAGAUUGGUAGAGACAGCUCAAUAGACUGUCUGCUCCGUUGUUCACGGUCUGCUUACGGCUCCAUUGCUUCCUUGAAUAGGAACUUCCGUUCUUUGGUAAAGAGUGGAGAUAUCUAUAAGUUAAGGAAGCAAAACGGGUUUGUGGAGCAUUGGGUUUACUUCUCAUGCCAGCUUCUUGAAUGGGUUGCGUUUGAUCCUGUGGAGAAGAAGUGGAUGAAGUUGCCAACGAUGCCUUCUAGUGUUACCUUCAUGUCUGGUAUGUCACCAGCAGCUGAAGCGCCGCCUCUUGUUGCUGUUGUGGAUAAUCAGUUGUAUGCUGCUGAUCAUGCGGAUAUGGAGGUGAGGAAGUAUGAUAAGGAGAAGAGGAAGUGGUUGACUAUUGGAACGUUGCCUGAGAGAGCUGGCUCGGUUAAUGGAUGGGGGCUUGCUUUUAGGGCUUGUGGGGAGAGGUUGAUUGUUAUAGGUGGACCUAAGAACUCAGGAGGUGGGUUUAUAGAGCUGAAUUCUUGGGUGCCAAGCCAAGGUGGUCCACCGGAAUGGACGUUGCUUGAUAGGAAACAUUCUUCUAAUUUUGUGUACAAUUGUGCGGUGAUGGGUUGCUGA